CACAAGCAGAAACUUCAGAACAGGUUCUCCGUCCCCAGUCACCAAUUGCUCGAGUAAGAGUUGUCUGCAAUGGCCGCCCUGCAGAAAUCUGUGAGCCCUUUCCUUAUGGGGACUCUGGCCACCAGCUGCCUCCUUCUCUUGGCCCUCUCGGUGCAGGGAGGAGCAGCUGCGCCCAUCAGCUCCCACUGCAGGCUUGACAAGUCCAACUUUCAGCAGCCCUAUAUCACCAACCGCACCUUCAUGCUGGCUAAGGAGGCUAGCUUGGCUGAUAACAACACAGACGUUCGUCUCAUUGGGGAAAAACUGUUCCGCGGAGUCAGUAUGAGUGAGCGCUGCUAUCUGAUGAAGCAGGUGCUGAACUUCACCCUUGAAGAAGUGCUGCUCCCUCAAUCGGAUAGGUUCCAACCUUAUAUGCAGGAGGUGGUGCCCUUCCUGGCCAGGCUCAGCAACAGUCUAAGCACAUGUCACAUUGAAGGUGAUGACCUGCAUAUCCAGAAGAAUGUGCAAAAGCUGAAGGACACAGUGAAAAAGCUUGGAGAGAGUGGAGAGAUCAAAGCAAUUGGAGAACUGGAUUUGCUGUUUAUGUCUCUGAGAAAUGCCUGCAUUUGACCAGAACAAAGCUGAAAAACGAAUAACUAACCCUUUUUCCCUGCUAGAAAUAACAGUUAGAUCCCCCAAAGCGAUUUUUUUUUAACCAAAAAGAAGAUGGGAAGCCAAACUCCAUCAUGAUGGAUGGAUUCCAAAUGAACCCUUGCUUUAGUUACAAAGGAAACCAAUGCCACUUUUGUUUGUAAGAUCAGAAGGUAGACUUUCUAAGUAUAGACAUUUAUUGAUAACAUUUUAUUGUAACUGGUGUUCUAUACACAGAAAAUAAUUUAUUUUUUAAACAAUUGUCUUUUUCCGUAAAGAAGAUUACUUCCCAUUCCUUUAGGGGAAAAAAUCCCUAAAUAACUUCAUGUUUCCAUAAUUAGUACUUCAUAUUUAUAAAUGUAUUUAUUAUUAUUAUUAUAAGAAUACAUCUUAUUUAUAUCAUUUUAUUAAUAUGAAUUUAUUUAUAGAAACAUUAUUUGAUAUUGCUACUUGAGUAUAAGGCUAAUAUUGAUAUUUAUGACAAUAAUUAUAGAGCUAUAACAUGUUUAUUUGACCUCAAUAAACACUUGAAUAUCC